GUCUCACCGAUAUGGACUGCCGUACUUGAAACUGUGGGAAUGUACUGAGUCCUGCGCAACCGUAAGGAUUGUCAACGCUCUGUCAUGUGGCCAUCUGAGCGCAGUCGUGGUCAAAGCAACUUGGCAUCACGUCCACCAAUUGGGUUGUCACGUGCUAAAGAGGUGACAGAGACAGACCGGUAUAGGCUGCAACCCGCUGUCGGAACAGCCCUGUCCAGCCAGUGCAUGGCAGUCGACGAAGUUUGACAGACGCUGAAGUAAGUGAUCGAAAGCAAGGAGAGGAGGGUGCGACACUUUGAGGACUCUGGCCAAUCGGCUUCUCGGCUCCGUCGAGCCGGACCGCUGCAACCAGAAAAAGGCGGAGAGCUCCACGAACUUUCGCUGCAUCGCGUGCUCUCGAAUCUUGACCGAGCAGUCAACACCUCACUAAAACCAGCCGACGCUCGCCAGGUUAACAUGUCGCCCUCGAUGCCCGCGCCGGCGAAGGCACUAGUGCCUGGCAGUGUCGUCAAGACGGAGAGGGAGUCGACCACAGCACGAUUGGUCGGUGCCGGCUGCGCUGGCAUCGCAGAGCUUCUCGUCUUUCACCCAGUCGACACCAUCGCCAAGCGCCUCAUGUCCAACCAGACGCACGUUACCAAUCUCACUCAACUCAACUCCGUCAUAUUUAGGGCACGCUCUGCGGAUCCGUUCGUUGCCCGCUUCUUCUCCCUCUUCCCCGGACUAGGAUACGCAGCCGCGUACAAGAUCCUGCAGAGAGUGUACAAGUACGGUGGGCAACCGGUCGUGCGAGACUACCUACAGACGAAUUACCGGGAAGGCUUCGAUCGGACAUUUGGCAAAGCAAACGGCAAGGCGAUAAUGCAUGCGACUGCCGGAAGCAUCAUUGGCGUCGGCGAGAUUGUGCUACUACCAUUGGACGUUCUGAAGAUCUUGCGACAAACCAACCCUGAUGCCUUUCGCAAUCGCGGUGUGGUCAGGAUCGUCGCCGACGAAGGCUUCAACCUAUACAGAGGCUGGGGUUGGACAGCAGCACGCAAUGCCCCCGGUUCUUUUGCGCUCUUCGGGGGCUCGGCGGCGGCGAAACAAUAUCUAUUCCAGCUCCAGGACUACAACAGCGCAACGUUCUUUCAGAAUUUCGUCGCAUCCAUCGCCGGAUCAUCAGCGUCUCUCAUUGUUUCAGCACCUCUGGACGUGGUAAAGACGCGGAUACAAAACCGCGACUUCAAAGACAAAGUGUCCGGUGCGCGAGUCAUUGUCGACAUGGUCCGGAACGAAGGCUUUGCGGCUUUCUUCAAGGGGCUAAUCCCUAAACUUUUGAUGACCGGGCCGAAGUUGACGUUCUCUUUCUGGCUCGCUCAGACGCUCAUACCGGCGUUCAGCAAGUUCAUGUAGAUGCGGUUCGCCUUGCGCAUUAGCAUCCGGCGUUGUUUGUCCACUUUCUGCAAGCGUGGGGUUCUCGGCGCGGAGGUUGCAUCGCUUACACGAUUGCGGCAUGCGGUCCGUUCGUAUCUUGGAUACUGUACUUAUGUAGCUGCAUCUACACUCCAAAACCUGCCCACGAGCGUGGCUGGUCCUAACUUACAUCCUCAAAGGGCCAGUAUCAAUACUCGUGGUGAAAUUGAAAUCGCCUGCCAU